ACAAGGCCGUGGUAACUACUGGACCCUAGGCAAUGUGAGAAGUGAAUGUUGUCAAUUCAACACGAGAGUGACCGCUGAAGAGCGUGGCAUUUGCUGCUCGCUGGCUAGAUUCCUGCUCCUUUCUGCCAAAUGGGUCAGCUCGUAGAAGCUCAGGAAGACCACCAAGCUCCUCUUCUUCCUCCUCCUUCCUCUCUCCCUUUUCAGGAUAAGCUCAGAUUGAUUAAUACUCAGUAUCACCACCACCACUACAACCACCACCAACAAAAGGACUUCACUAUGGAUCAGCCUCGUGAAGAAAUGGACAAUAGUAUAUCUCUGGAGCUAGGGAGAAGAAACUCUAGUUCAACUCAGUCAGAUGAAUCAUCUCUGGAUCUUGAGCGAACUUACUGUGUUAAUCAGUGUCUUCACUCGAAUAGCCCACCACCACUCCAGGCAAUUGCUUCAAGUGGCCAGCAUUCUGAGGGCAAUGCUGCCUACUUCCUAUGGCCUACUUCUUCUAGAUUGAAUGAUGCAGCUGAAGAUAGGGCAAAUUAUUUUGGGAACCUUCAAAAGGGGGUGCUACCAGAGAACCUGGAUCGAUUACCCACCGGCCAACAAGCUACAACUCUUCUGGAAUUGAUGACGAUAAGGGCAUUUCACAGCAAAAUAUUGCGGCGUUACAGUCUUGGCACUGCUGUUGGCUUCCGAAUCAGGCAAGGUGUGUUGACAGAUAUACCCGCUAUCCUUGUCUUUGUUGCACGAAAAGUGCACAAGCAAUGGCUUAACCACAUCCAGUGCCUUCCCUCUGCACUUGAGGGACCAGGAGGCGUGUGGUGUGAUGUGGAUGUUGUGGAGUUUGCAUAUUAUGGUGCUCCAGCGGCAACUCCUAAGGAACAGUUGUACAAUGAGCUUGUAGAUGGUUUGCGUGGAAGUGACCCAACCAUUGGUUCAGGUUCCCAGGUUGCAAGUCAGGAGACAUAUGGAACACUUGGUGCAAUUGUGAAAAGUCGAACAGGAAACAGACAGAUUGGUUUUCUCACAAAUAGGCAUGUUGCAGUUGAUUUAGACUAUCCAAAUCAGAAGAUGUUUCAUCCUUUGCCACCUAACCUUGGCCCAGGUGUAUAUCUUGGUGCAGUGGAGAGGGCAACAUCAUUUAUCACUGAUGAUCUUUGGUAUGGAAUAUUUGCAGGAACUAACCCAGAGACAUUUGUAAGAGCAGAUGGUGCCUUUGUUCCUUUUGCAGACAGUUUUGAUGUUUCCAGUGUGACUACAUCCAUAAAAGGCAUUGGUGAAAUUGGUGAUGUCAAGGUUGUGGACUUGCAAUCACCUAUAAAUAGCCUUAUAGGGAAGAAGGUCAUUAAGAUUGGAAGAAGCUCUGGUUUAACAACUGGAACAGUUAUGGCUUAUGCACUUGAGUACAAUGAUGAGAAAGGAAUCUGCUUCUUGACUGAUUUUCUUGUCGUUGGUGAAAAUCAUCAGACUUUUGACCUGGAGGGUGACAGUGGGAGCCUUAUUCUAUUGACUGGUGAUGGUGUUGAGAAACCAAGACCCAUAGGGAUCAUAUGGGGUGGCACAGCUAACCGUGGGAGGUUGAAGCUGAAAAAUGGGCAGGGCCCUCAGAACUGGACCAGUGGGGUAGACCUUGGCCGGCUUCUUGAUCUUCUUGAACUUGACCUUGUAACAAGUGAUGAAGGACUUCAAGAAGCUCUCAAUGAGCAAAGACGAAGCUCAGCUGCAGCUAUUGGUUCUGCUGUAGGAGAAUCAUCUCCAUUGGGUUAUCCGACGGAUGGCACAUUGCAGAGAGACAGAGUAGAAGACAUUUAUGAGCCUCUUGGUCUAACCAUCCAGCCUUUACCUGAAGGUAUGCGAGGGCCUGGAAUUAACCCCAUAUUUGAUCAUCCUGAGUUUGGUGUAGGUGUUGCAGAAACUAGUGUAGAGCAUGAAUUUAUGCCAAGUUCCAGUGGUACAUACAAAAGGCAACAUGACCAUGAUGGUGAGAUGGAGCAAAAGACCCUUUCUGCUUUGAAAAACUUUUCAAACCAAGAUAUCAGCAUUGGAUUGCACAUAGGUGAACGGGAACUGAAGAGACCACGUGGUGACUCUGUGUCUCUCAAUGAAGAGCAUGACAAUAAUGGUGAUAAUGGAAGUAGCUAAUGUUAUCUUAUUCCUCCUGUAUGUUAUCUAACAUGUUGGCUAGUUCAGCCUGUGCUGCGGCUUAUUUGAUGAGGAAACCGAUCGAUCAGUUGUCGGAGAAGAUUUUUGGAUGGAUGCUUCUGGAUCAUGCAGAAGCGAUGGGGCAAUAUACUGGAAAAAAUGCCAAUGGCUACUCCCUUUCCGUAAAAAAUAUCCACACUUUAGGUUCCUCUGUUCAUUAGCUCUGAGAUAUUCUUAAGAGAAGGCAUGGACUUACAUGUCUCCCAAGGGAACUUCUAAUUUAUGUCAUUGUAGCUAAGAACAGGUAUGUUGUAAGCUUUGUAAUACCUAAUCAAGCAUGUGCCUUGCUAUACACAUCCCUGUGACUUUGUGCAACUACAUUGAGGCUGAAAUUGCUUAUAAAGGGCAUGUAGAUUAUAAUAUAGAGAGACGAGUCACAGUGAUAAGGUUUUUGCAACAUAUCACUAAGGGGUUCAAUUAAGCACUUUGAAGUCUGAAUAUUGGAUUUUCAAUUAAUGCCACCUGAGCUGUGGAUUUAGUUGCUUUCA